CAGGGAAAUGAAAUGCCAGGGUUCCUUCCGGUCAGAAGCGGAGGCGUCUAUUCCACCCCGCAAUCCAGUCUUUCCCAUCCCCCGCUGAGAAUUGCCCAGUCGGGACUAGCGCCAUCUCUGGAUGCCGCGUGGCUGGACUCCAAAAGUUCCCAACUUCUUCCCGACUGCGCGAUCCUUUGUCUACUCCUGCUCGACCAGACUGAUUUCUGUCUGUUCCUUGCCCGCCACUGAGGUCACUUCGGGAGUUGGCAUUCGGCCCAAUUCCUCCUUCACCCUCUCACAGACCUCCUUUCCCUAGUGGCGGACGGGUCCCAUUCCCCCAACCCCCGGCCUUAAUUCCCCUCAUCCCUGAGCUUGUUGCCAGUUACACAACGCACUAACUAGAUUCACCUCGCGCGGGUUGCUACCUUCGUCCCGAUUCCCUUGGUUCCAUUGCAUCUGUUGGCUCGGAUAAUUCACUGUCCCCGUUCAGUCUAAACUCAAGGCCACGGUGACUGUUUGUUGGUUCCUGCGCCCUGGUUCCCUCCCCCGCUUGCUGGUCAGGCGGCCGUCAUGAGGUAAAUAAAAAGAAAUAAUAAGAUUUUUUCUUUGCCUGUAUAAUAUAUAAAAGCGUGCUAUGCUUCCUUCCUCCGCCGCUCCCAGCCAGGGUUCCUCUCAGCUUGGACGCCGCUUCCGGUCUUUUCUCUGUCCUGCCCGCUUCUUCUCCCCUCGCCUCUUCUACGUCUACUGCUUGAUCUUCCUAUCCAUCACUGCUCUCAUUGGAGUCAAGAUGCAUCUGAAAAGCUACCUGCCCGUUGCCCUUCUCGGGGUGCCGGCACUGGCGCAAUCUCCGCCCUCUUCGUCCGCUUCAGACCCCUUCAAGGUCUACACCAUCAGCGCUCAGAACAUCACCGCCAAAGUGAUUCCCUACGGCGCGCGUCUGACCUCGCUCCUGGUUCCAGACCGUCAUGGCAAACCACAGGACAUCGUUGUGGGCUAUGAUGACCCCAAAGACUACCUGAAGGACACCGAGACCAACCACACCUUCUUCGGGGCUGUCGUCGGCCGCUACGCCAACCGUAUCAAGAACGGCACCUUCGAGGUCGAUUCGACCAAGUACCAGAUUGCCACCAAUGAGAACGGCGGUGCCGACACCCUGCACGGCGGCAAGGUCGGCUACGACGCCCGCAACUGGACCGUCACCUCGCACACCAACACCUCUGUCACCCUCACCCUGUAUGACCGCGGGCUGGAGAAGUUCCCCGGCGAUGUCAUCACCCACGCCGUCUUCGCCGUCGACAGCACCCCGUCCGCCGACAACCCGGCCGGCCUCCCCCAGCUGACCACCAAGCUGAUCUCGCUGGCCCUCACCGAGACCACCCCCAUCAUGCUCUCCAACCACAUCUACUGGAACCUGAACGCCUUCCAGAAACCCACCAUCCUCAACGACACCUUCCUCCAGCUGCCGCACUCCCACCGCCUCAUCGGCACCGACGGCAUCCUCAUCCCCAAUGGCACCCUCCUCGGCGUCGACUCCUACAAGGGCAGCCCCGACUUCACCCAAGGAAAGCUCGUCGGCCGCGACCUCAAGGACACCGAGGGCCUCUGCGGCGACGACUGCACCGGCUACGACAACUGCUUCAUCGUCGACCGCCCCGCGCAGUCCGCCGCCGCAAACUCGCUAGUCCCCGUGCUGCGCGCCAACUCCUCCGCCACGGCCAUCAGCCUCGAGGUCGCCACCAACCAGCAAGCCGUCCAGAUCUACUCCUGCAACGGCCAGAACGGCACCAUCCCCAUUAAACCGUCGCAGGCGAAGAAGAACAAGGACGCCAAGAUCGACGGCCCCAAGGGCGUCAACAAGUACGGGUGUCUCGUUAUCGAGCCUGAGGGCUGGAUCGAUGGCAUUAAUAACCCCGAAUGGGGCCAGUUGGGUGAUCAGAUCUUUUCGCCGCAGAGCGCGCCGGCGGUGAACUGGGCGACGUAUAAGUUUGGGACGGUCUGAUUCUACUCUGCUCUAUUCUGUUCAAGGCUGGGGAGACGGGCUAUUAAUCACUUGUUCUUAAUUUUCGAUUUCAUUCUCAUGUCACGUCGUUUCUUAUCUUGAGCGUUCUCAACUACCUCCAUGUACAUACUCGUGGGCUGUCAAUAAUCGGACCAGCAAUUGAGGACUUUUAAUG